AUGUAUCUUCCGUACCCUCCGUACUCCAACAACGGAAAUGGCCAGGCAAACUCGAACUACGGGGCUCAACAGAACGCAAACCCGUCCACGGUACCUGCGCAGCCACCUCAGCAACCUCUGCCCCAGCAGCAGCAUCCUGGCCUACACCAGCAGCAGGGCGUGAAGCAGACUCUACAGAACCAGCAGAACCUCCAGCAACAGAACAUCCAGCACCUCCAAACACAGUCGCAUAUGCUCCAGACACAUCAGCAAUACCAGCAGCUCCAGCAGCUCCAGCUUCAACUCCAACAUCCUCAGCAGGCACAGAAUUCCUCAAACUCCAAUAAUAUGAUUGGGGUCAGAAACAAGAACAUCCCCCAGCAUCUCCAAUCUAGUGGUUUCUACUCAAGAUCACCACAUAGUCCUGUGCCACCCAUAUCAUCGGUGGGCCAAUCCUCACAUCCCGGACUUCACCGUCAAGUGAUUCACUCUACGAUGAAUGUUUCAUCACCUAUGGCUAUACCUCCCCAUACCAACUCUGGACCCCCACCAAUGCACCAUAUUAAUGCUGCCCAACAAUCACAGCAAGCACAACAAACCAACCAACAAUAUCAGCAGCAGUUCCACCGACAGCAAAUGAUGAAUCAAUUCCAACAAUCCCCUCCACAACAACACCAAAACCUCCAUAUAUCACACCAAUCACAACAACCAUCGCCAAAGCUACAGGAACUGGUCCUUGAUCAACAGCAUUUGCAAUUACAGCUUCAGCAACAACAACUUCAGCAACAGCAGCUUCAGCAACAGCAACUCCAACAACAGCAGCUCCAGCAACAGCAGCUCCAACAGCAACAGCUUCAACAGCUGCAGUUUCAGCAACAGGCUUUCCAGCUGGUACUGUCCCAAGCCCAAGUCCAGGCGCAACAAGCCCAAGCCCAAGCCCAAGCCCAAGCCCAAGCCCAAGGACAAGGACAAUUACAGAUUCAGCAAGCCCAGCAAUCUAACAAUCAAAGCAUCAACCAAAGCAUCAACCAAAUGCAGGUACCACUUCAGCCCCAAGGUCAGUUGCAUGGGCAACCCCACUCAAUGCUCGCACACAACCAAGUACAAACAAACCCAUAUCAAGCUCAAAACCAAUCCCAUCUUCUUCAAUCGACACAAAAUACACAGACCAAACCAAACCAACGAAGUCAGAUCAAAAAGUUGGCGGAAGUUGUCCCUGGGGAAUCUCAAAAAAUACAUAUUCACAACGACUCGCACGUUAUUAUUUCCCAAGCACCAGUCGAUGGACAGCCUUUAGAGAAGAAGAAGAGAGGAAGGCCUAAGAAGUUAAUAUUGGACCCUACCACCAACGAAUACAUUGACUCGUCUCAUCCUAAUUUCAAGCAGCUAAACAAAGUCUUGAAAGAGUCAAUAACACCCCCGAACAUUUUGCAUGGUAGUGUGUUCAAUUCGGCUCACCCGAAUGCCGCGGGAUCUCUCACCGAUAGUUUGACCAAGUUAUAUGAACAGCCAACUUAUUUGAGGACACUUGAGGAUGAAGCAGUCAAAGAACUACUCCAGAAAAAGGAUAAGAGGGGGCGUCCAAGGAAGUUUCCAGUUGAACAAACUGGAAUUACAAUCAAGGGUAUUAGAGUAAAUGGAAACUUGAAGAACAGAGUACAGAAGAAACCUACCUAA